AUGUCUGGAAGAUCAAUAUUUCCGGCAGCAUUCAGCAUUAAUCACUUCGAAGAAAUCUUGUCAUGUCUUAGCAAAUUACACUCCCUGGAACAGUGCGAAAAAAUACCGCCUGAUCUUCAAAAAAAAGAAAAGAGAGAUGUGGGGUCAUCUUUGUUUGGUUCCACUCAACGGCAAACUUUAGUUUCGUACGUGCCUAAAAAAAAACCUGUUAUAUCGCUUUUCACUAUGAGUUCUGAAAAUUUUUCUCAAAAAAUACUGAAAUACUUUCAAUGUCUUCCCCUGAUAAGUCCAAACUCUCGUCCUUCAAAAUCUACGCACGGGUUGACACCAAAGACAGUUCACCAUCUCUUACAUUACCAUCAACAAAAUCGCACUCUACCAGCAUCUAGGGAAAUCGUGAAAUUUGGUAAAAUGCACGCCGACUCCAAAUGA